AUGGCGGGGCCGGGAUGGGAAGGCCAGGCUUGCUGUGACACCCAAGUCACGGAUCCCAGGCUAGCGGGCAAGCCCCUUCCCUCAGAGAGAGAGGCGGCCGGCCUCGACAGCCCCGGCUCGCUGACCGGCCCCGGGCGCGCGUGGGAACGCCUCACUGCGAGGCCUCGCCCGGCCGCCGCCUCUCUGCUCACACCCGCCGUCCCGUCUCGCCUCCCCCCGUCGCCUCCGAUGGGAGAGUCCUGCCGCGCCGCCUCGGCCCGGCGCCUGGCACGUUCCAUUCGCAAGGGAGGGGAGGGGCAGGAGCCUGCGGCUGCGGCCGUUCCCGUUGCGGAGCGACCCAUCGGCGCCAGCGCGGAGGGGUGCUCGACCCGCCGGGCUCCGUUAGCGAGGCCGCGCCCGGGAGACGGCGGCUCUGCGCGGAGCCUCGCGAACCGGCGGCUGCUAUCUGGCGCUGGCGAGGGGAGAGACAUCGGCCCGGGCGCGGCCGCCCCGCGGGAGCAGCCCCUGCGGGAGGACGGUGGGUCCCGCGGCGAGGAGCUGCCGGCCCCCGGCCCGCCACCCGCCAGCCCUCCACAAGUUCUGCCCAUGAACGAGCUACAGGAAAUAACCGACAUCACCGAACUGACCUUUGUGCGUGAAGUUGUACUCAACGCUGACUUCAAACUGCAAGCGGCCAGCUUCCCCCCCCAGACAGGCAUUCUGGAAAACAGAGUGAAGGAGACAUUGCACAAAGCCCUCUGGGACAGCCAGGAGGAACAGCUCUCUGCUAGUCCCCCAGACUACACUCAGGCAAUCCAGCUGCUGCAGGAGAUAAGAGACUGCUACUUCUUUGGGCAGGCCCUGCUAUCAUUGCUGCUGCCACGGCACAACCAACUGCGAAGCCAAAUUGAAGAGCCCCUGUCCAUGGACUCGAUUAGACAGGAGGCUGAGCACAGGGCUCUGGAUAGCCGCGGUCUCACCACGUAUGUCCUUGGCACAAUGGCAAGACUGUGUGCGCCCACUUGAGAGGAGGAAGUACGAGGGUUGCAAAGCCUCACAGACCCAGCUCAGCGUCUCAGGGAGAUUUUCCAGGUGUUGGGCCUGAUGAAAAUGGAUAUGCUGAGUUUUACUAUCCAGAGCCUCUGCAUCCACUUGCAAGACCACACCAUCCAGUAUGAAUGGAAGAAAUUCCAGGAACUCUUGGAUAAGCUGUCUAGUAGCCUGGAUCACAGAAGAGAGGGGCUGUGCAAAGCAGCAGCAGAAGUGUCCGCGCCCUCCUUGCAACCUGCAGUCAGUGGCUCGUCUGCCGCGUGCUCACCAGGGACAGCCAGCAGUAGCACAGCUGUGCCAAGUCUUGGGUCCAUGCUAAAUCGAGGAUACGUCAAUCUGCUCUGCUGGGAGCCUGGGCAAAAGGAAUACCCUGAGACACUGUUUAUGGAUCAGGCCCGACUGCAGGAAGUACAAGCACAGGUGAAUCAGCUUACCAUCGUAACUGCAGUCCUGCUAGUGACUAGUGGCAUGUGUGGAAGCACCUUAUGUGGCUCACCUGGGUUUGUAGCUAGGCUGAAAUGGGUAACAAAGGUCCUCUUGGAAGGGCUGUUUUGUACCAGGUAUGAAGAAGCUUUAGAAGACAUCAGGGACCAAGUGCUCCAGGAAGUCAGCAGGACUCUCUCACAGCUGGGUUAUGCUGCUUUUACCACUGACAAGUGUGCUUCCCUGAAAAGCCAGAUAAAAAGCAUCACGGACAAGAGCAAUGCAGUCCUGCAUGUCAUUAAGCAGCGGAUUCAUUCCUUCCUCAGCCUUUUCAUUUCCCCUGAUGGACAGAAUUCUCAAAAAGAUUUCCCAAAGGGCCUUGAUUCCAUUCAGGAAGAGCUGCUGGAAGUUGGGCACAGGUUUGGAAGCAUGAUCCACCACAACAGGCAGGUGUUCGGACCAUACUACUCAGGAAUCCUCAAGGAGGUGCUUCUCUCAGCCACAGAACCAGACUCAGGUGCAGGGAUGGAUUCUUUCUGAUCAUCUUCACCACGUACCGGGCAGGGGUGGAAUAUUUUCUCCAACACUUUCUCAAAUCAUGCUUCAGCUUGUAAAAAAUCAAAUCAGACAAAUCUACCUGGACCAGCAUUGCUACUGGGAAGUGACUCUUGGCAUGUCAGUAUCUGAAUAAACCUCACAACUACAAAA